UGGGUAAUACCAAUUUUUAAGGCCGGUACAACGCUUUCCUGGCGUUUAAAGAAUACGAUGCACUCUGUUUGCGUGGUUGAAAAUUUAAAUCCAUUUGUUUCAUACCAUUUGAAAAGUUUAUCAAGAGAGUCUGAUGGAUGAGCUGUUGGGAGGUGUUAGUGGAUUUUCCCUUAAACAUAAGAUGACUAUGUACCGCAAUUUACUUCUGUACUUCGUGUUGAACGUCUUCUACUUACACAUCGAUUCUGCAGUUAUAUCCUGCGAACCUCCGGAUUCAUUUUUGUGCGAAAACAAAAGAUGCAUUUCAGUCUACUACAGAUGCAAUGGAGAGGACGACUGUGGUGACGAGUCUGAUGAAAAAGAUUGCAAAAAUACUAAUGUUAUGCCGAAUCUAAUUCAAUGCGCCACAGAUGAGUAUCAAUGUAAGAAUAAUUUUUGCAUACCGAUUGAAAAAUUUUGUGACACUAAACACGACUGUUCCGACGGAGAAGAUGAAUACGAUGGUUGUGUAAAAGACUUAAAAUGCGACACUUUUCGAUGCACCGACGGUCAUUGCGUACAGAACGAAUGGGUUUGCGACGGUGUUACGGAUUGUCCAGACGGCAGUGACGAAAGAAAUUGCGGAAAUGAAACAAUACCAUCCAAUAAAUGUAACAACGAUAUAGACCGGUAUCUGUGCAAAAACCAAAGAUGCAUCUUUUUGAAUGCGACCUGCAAUGAAAAGGACGACUGUGGCGAUGAUUCUGACGAAAAUAUCGACGAAUGUAAGAAGGCCGAUUCAUCCUGUAAACAAACGGCACACUGUGAGCAUCAUUGCAGAAGAACACCUGAAGGUGCUCAGUGUACCUGUCGACCUGGUUACAAGCUGUCGGGCAAUCGAACGUGUACAGACAUUAACGAAUGCGAAAGUUAUGAAAUAUGCGAUCAACAAUGUAUAAACACUGCUGGAUCCUACAUGUGUUCAUGUCAAUCUGGUUACACGUUAGGGGAUGACAAGAAAACUUGUAAAGUCGAAGGUGGCGAAGCUUUGAUGGUGUUUUCAAUCAAGUCCGAGAUCCGCGGCUUUUAUCUCGAUUCUCAGGUAUAUUAUUCUGUAACAACGAAUUUGCAACACGCUGUGGCUGUUUCUCAGGAUGCGAAUUACGUGUACUGGUCCGACGUUAAAGACGGAGAUGAAGCAAUAAUCAAGAGUUCAGACGAUGGUUCGCAACAAGAAGUAAUCGUUACAACAGGUUUGAACACUCCUCGUGAUCUAGCAGUGGAUUGGGUAACUGGAAAUAUAUACUUCACAGACAGUGGUUACAUGCAUAUUGGAGUUUGCUCUAACGAUGGAUCUUAUUGUACCAUUCUAAUUAAAGAACAACACUAUACACCAAAAGGUUUGGCCUUAUUACCAUCGAAAGGUAUAAUGUACUGGUCCGAAUGGGGCUUGAAUUCCCGUAUAUUAAUGACGGGAAUGGAUGGAAGAAAUGGUAGUACAUUGAUAGCCGAGAACUUGGAAGGGCCAGACAGCCUAUCUAUCGACUAUGCGAAUUAUAGAUUGUAUUGGAUUGAUAGUAAAUUAAAAGUGAUCGAAUCGAUACGGUUGGAUGGUUCAGACCGUAGGAUUGUAUUGUGUGAAGUAGCGAAGAAACCUUUUUCAUUGGCAGUAUUUGAAAAUAAAUUGUAUUGGAGCGAUUGGAUAUCAAAUACCAUACAAUUCUGUAAUAAAUUCAACGGUAAAGAUUGGAAUAUUUUGGUGAAAACGAAUAGCACCAUAUACGGACUCCACAUAUACCAUUCUGUUUUAAAGCCAAAGAUACCCAAUCCAUGCAAUUCGAAUCCUUGUUCUCAACUGUGUUUAUUGAAUUCAAAAAGUGGCUAUACUUGUGCUUGUACAGUAGACAAGGUGCUGAAUUCUGAUCAACGCACGUGUCGCGCGGUGAAAAAGAAGAUACACCUAGUCGCCGCCGGAGGAGACACACUCAUAGAUUAUUACCACGAAUUAUUGGGAAAGCCGAAAAUGACAGAAAGCUUUUCGUUAAAACACGUCACUGCGCUUGCUUAUAAUCCUCUUACUGGUGGUGUACUGGCGAACGAUCAACUGAUGGGUAAUAUUCUACAAUUUAACACUGAUACCGGAGACAUGAAAAUCAUACUACCCAUCGAGGACAAAGUAUUGGGCGGAAUGGAUUUCGAUUACAUUGGAAACAAUUUAUAUUUAUCGGAUGAAAAGUACAAAACCAUUGAGGUUUAUAGUAUGAGUACGCUCGAUAAAACGAUUUUCUAUUUCCAAGAAGAACCUCACGAUAUCGCGUUGGCACCGGAGGAAGGGAUCAUGUUUGUCGUUUUCGGUGAUAAUGGAAGGUACCGUAUAGAUCUAAUGCAAAUGAAUGGACUCGGCAACAGAAAUACCAUCGAAGGGAUGAAAACACCGUUGUUUGGACCGAAAGUAUCUUUAGCUUAUGACAGAGAUUCAAAACGACUGUUUUGGAGCGAUCAAGGCACUGGUCGUAUUGGUAGAACGACGAUCAAUGGUUUGGAGUCUUAUAUCUUUCGCACUGGACUGUCAUCGCAACCCGUGAGCCUCGUUGUACUAGAUGAUUACGUGUUUUGGACCGGGUACAAAUCGAAUCAAUUGCACUGGACCAUUAAAAGCGACGUGCAACAAUAUCAAAAACGCAUUCCGUUACGUGCGUCAAAGGAUUUAGAUCAAUUGCAAUUAGUAGCUUUGCACAACGCGCAUGUAAAAGAACACGAAUGUCACAAAAACAAUGGAAACUGUUCUCACGUCUGUCUACUAUCUAAUCGUCGUUCACACAUUUGUGCGUGUCCACCGAAUAUGAUGUUGAGUGUAGAUAAUAGAACCUGCAGCCUUCAAACCGCAUGCAAAGAAGGCGAGGUCAAAUGUAGCGAACACGAUGUAUGCAUAAAACAGCAUCAAAGAUGUAACGGUGUACGAGACUGUCCAAACGGAGAAGACGAAUCGAGCGUUUGCGAGGAAUUGCGUUGGUCAAAUUGCGAACACGACGACCAGUUUCGAUGCAAGAACGGAGAAUGCAUCGGCAAGGCGAAACGUUGCAAUUCACAUUACGAUUGUACGGAUCGAUCGGACGAGGAGGGCUGCGAAAAAAAGGAAUGCAACUCUAAUGAGUUUCAAUGUCACGAAGGAGAAUGCAUAUCGAGAUAUCUCGUGUGCAACGGACGAAACGACUGCCCCGAUUUGUCCGACGAAAGCAAUUGCGCCAAACACACGUGUGGUGUCAACGACUUCGUUUGUGGUACCGGUACUUGCAUCCCUAAAACGUGGAAAUGUGAUGGCGAGCGUGACUGUCCAGAUGAUUCAGACGAAAACGAAACAUGUUUAAGAGCUGCAUGUCCGACCGAAAUGUUUACAUGCGACAGUGGUCGUUGCAUCGACAUGGUUUUAAAAUGCAACGGAGUCAACGAUUGUCAAGAUAAUAGCGAUGAACAGUAUUGCGCUAAAAUGAAUAAUAAUUACGUCAAUUGCACCGACAAUGAGUACAAAUGUUACGGCACAAAUAUGUGUCUUCCGCAAACAGUAAAAUGUGACGGCGUUCAAAACUGCCCGAAAAACGAUGAUGAACGUAAUUGCGUUCGAUGCCAAAUAGGAGAGUACGUUUGCGAUAAUCAGAAGUGCAUCGAUGCAAGCUGGGUAUGCGAUACGGCUAACGAUUGCGGUGAUGGAUCAGACGAAAAGGAUUGUGAUGGGGGUAAUUUCAGGAUCAACAGCGUCAGCAGCAAUUCUAAUUGCAAAGAAUUCAAGUGCUCCAACGGAGUCUGCCUUCCAUUUGAUAAGGUGUGCGACAGGGUAGCAGAUUGCACGGAUCAAAGCGAUGAAUUUGGACAAUGUUCAACCUCGUGUACAAAAGAGAAUCCUUGUAAAAAUAUCUGUUACAAAACACCGUUGGGUCCAGCCUGUGGCUGUGGAAGCGGCUACCAAUUAAGUAACGAUUUAAAAUCCUGCGAAGAUAUUGACGAAUGCGAACAGAACAUUUGCUCGCAAAUUUGUCAGAAUACCAAUGGAUCUUUUAUUUGCUCCUGCCAUGAAGAAUACGUUCUGCGGAGCGAUAGAACUUCCUGUAAAGUUGAUGGACCACAAAUGGAAUUAAUCACGGUUACUGAAUCUGAUAUCAGAAAAUUGUCAGCGAACUUAUAUUCAAUUCAGAUUCUUUAUGAAAAUGUGGAUCUUGAUAUAUCUGGCAUCGACGUAAACGCGAGAGAAGGAACCGUAUACUGGAGUAAUGAUAAGUUGGGAUCGAUAAGUAAAAUACAUCUGGAAAGCAGAAAACGAAUGAUUGUUACCGGCCUUGGCAAACCGGAAGCUCUUGCCGUUGAUUGGAUUACCAACAAUGUAUAUUUUAAUGAUAAUGACCAUUUCAGCACCAUCAAGGUUUGCAAUUUAGAACAACAAAAGUGUGCCAAAGUGGUGUCAAUAGAGUCAAGAAGCAGGGCUGUGGCAAUUGCUGUCCAUCCAAAACAAGGAUUGCUAUUUUGGAGUCAAGUUAGUUUUGCGCUAUACGAUAUACCAACGAGUAAAAUAUAUAGGUCAACCACCGUGGGUUCCAACGCGACAGCAAUUCUAUCACGAAAUACUGGUGUUAUAUAUGCAUUUACAAUUGAUUACAUCAGAUCGAAAUUAUAUUGGACAGACACUUUCCUAAAAGUUAUUGAAUCCUCAAAUUUAGACGGUUCCAAUCGCGUGAUAUUCUUAAAAACAGAUGUUUACCAAUCUCUAAGCAUAAACAUCUUCGAAGACGCCCUAUACUGGUUAAUGGGUACAACUAGUACAGUGAAGAAAUGCAAAUUAUAUGGUGAUAAAUCGUGCACAGAAAUUCCCAUUGGUAAUUCAAACAUUGAUAAACAUUUCACAAUUUUACACACUUCCAGACAACGCAUCGCAAAGAAUGUUUGCGAAGAGCGUAAAUGCAGCUACAUGUGCAUAUCAGGAAACAAUACUGCCAUGUGUACUUGUCACGAUGGAUACUCGAAAAAUGAUAAUUGCGUAGAAAACAGAAAUACAAGAAUUCAAUUUGAUUCGAGUACAGCUAAUGAAAGAAAUGAAAAUUCUGCACCAAAUAGAACGCUGAUCGGUGUAAUUAUCACUAUGAUAGCUUGUAUCAUAAUUACGUCUGCAUACUUUUAUUACCAAAAAAUGAAGCCCAAUCUUUCAAAUAAAAAUAGUCUUAGCAUUCAUUUCCAAAAUGCAUCGUACGAACAUCAAAAUGAAAUUGCUACCUCGCUCGAUUGCAUUUCCGGUUUACCUCCAGGCGAGCACGAAUAUGUAAAUCCAAUAACAGAUAUUCAAAAGAAUCAAAACGAGAAGAAAAUGGAAGAACAUAAGAAUUUGAUAGAAAUUUUCGAUUCUGAUCGAGCAGUCGAUGAGCUUAAAGGACUUACAUACAAACCAAAUUUACCCACUUUAUACAAUAAAACAAAUUAACAUAGAAUGUUUGUAAAGAAACAGAAGCGUGAAUUAAUUUGAGCGUAUUUAUUUAUGGAAAUAUUUAAUUGUAGUAUUUAUAUUUAACGUACUAAAAAUAUUUAAUGUAAGAUAUAUUAUUUUUCCAUCCAUGGUCAACAAAAAUAAGUACAUAGGUAUAAAUUUU